GCGUGGAGGAGGAGGCCUGCGGCCGGGCCGAGGCUCCGGGGUCCAUUGGGUUUCGGCUCCUUCGGGGAUGUCCCGCAAGGCUAAAGAUGACUUCCGGCGGCUGUACACUGUUUCGGACACGCGGACCCACCCUAAGGGCUACACGGAGUACAAAGUCACAGCGCAGUUCAUCUCAAAGACAAACCAAGAAGAUGUCCAGGAGGUGGUCAUCUGGAAACGUUACAGUGACUUCCGCCGCCUGCAUGGGGAUCUGGCCUAUACCCACCGCAACCUGUUCCGUCGCCUGGAGGAAUUCCCAGCCUUUCCCAGGGCCCAGGUCUUUGGCCGCUUCGAGGCCUCGGUGAUCGAGGAGCGGCGGAAGGCGGCGGAGGACAUGCUUCGCUUCACUGUCAACAUUCCUGCCCUCAACAACAGCCCUCAGCUCAAGGAAUUCUUCCGAGGUGGGGACGUGACCCGGCCCUUAGAGCCCAGUGACCUACAUGUCCUGCCGCCCCCCCUGGUCCCCACACCACCCCCAGAAGAACCCCGACUCCCCCAGCCUCUCCCGGCAGAGCGGCUGGGCCAGGAAGAGACUGAGGACGAGAAUGAGAAGCCAGGGGACCAGCCUCCCUCCAGCCCUGCCCAAGAGGCCCUCGACCUCCUGUUUGACUGUGGGGCUCCUGAAGAGGACACGGGGGCCCCGGCUCAAGGACCACUCACUGAGGCGGAGCUGGCCCUCUUUGACCCAUUCUCCAAAGAAGAAGGGGCCGGACCCAGCCCCACCCAUGUAGCUGACUUGGCAGCCCUGGGGGCAGAGCCCCAGACCAGGGAACAGACACCCUGGGAGCCAGGGGGGGGUGAAGAGGAAGAGGAGGAGGAGGAGGAAGAGGGCCCCCGCCCAGCCUAUCUGAAUCGAGCUACAGAACUCAUCACCCAGGCCCUGAAGGAUGAGCGAGCCGGCGCCUACGCCUCAGCCCUGCAGGGAUACCGGGACGGAGUGGAUGUCCUCCUCCAGGGGGUGCCGGGUGACCCCAACAGUGCCCGCCAAGAAGGGGUGAAGAGGAAGGUGGCGGAGUACCUGCGGCGGGCCGAGGAGAUCCUGCGUCUCCAUCUGCAGCCCUGACUGACCUGACUCCCCCCGGGAUGUCAUGGCGGCAGCCCAGGGGCCCAGAGGGCUUGGUGGUGGGCAGGUGGGGAGUGGACAUGGCCAGGGCUCUCACUCCUCUCCGACCAGGGUGUAGACGGGUGUGGACACGACAGACGGUGCCGGGGUUGUUGACCAGCCCCCCCACACCCACACAACUGCCAAUUCGAUGUUCCCCAAGUGCCCUUCGGACCACUGCACUGCCCUGCCCCGCCCUGAGGCCCGCCCCGAUGGCCCACCCGCCCUUUCCUGUGCAAUACCUUUCUUCAUCUCCCAACUUUUCCCGGGGCUGUACGCCAUGCCGGGAAUGCCUUCCCUCCUCACAGUCUCCCUGGAAGUGAGUGAAUGAAUGCUUUUCGGUGCAUACGUGGUUCCCUAGGAGAGUGUAAGCCCCCGGAGGGCAGCGGGGCCGGGCUCUGUAUCCCCACGCCCAAUCCAUUCCCGGGCCCUAACCCUAAAUAAACAUUUGCUGAAUGCA